UUGGCGAAAUCUAUAAGAAAACGUCACUAACCACAAAAAAAAAGAAGAAACAUUAACUAUUAAUAUUUAUAUUAUAAUUUAUGUUGUUAAUUGGAAGGGAGUCGUCGUAUGUGGAAAGGCUUAUAAAAUUAUCAAAACAGUAAUCUAAAUCGCAACCUCAAUCUACUGUUUUAAGUUUAUAUACGAAACUAUAUUGAGGUUGGAGAGAAGCCGCAAAACGAGAACAGUGAUGGCAUCUGACAUGAUCAGACAACAGUUAAAGAAUAUAAGUAUUUGUCUCACGGCUUUUAAUAAAAACCGAAAGGAAGUUGACGGAAACAAGGUGACGGGCUGGAUCAUAUCGGGAGAGGAGGUGUUCGCGGAGCUGUUCCGUCUCGGAGUCGCUUGUCGCUGGCAGUACGACACUUUGAAGACCCUGACGGAAACAAAAGAGAUCAUAGCAGGGGUCACCUCGGACAGCGACUGGCUAAAGACCUUCAUCAGCGUCUACCCAGAUAUUAGAAUUGACUUAGAGUUGACUCAGCCUGCCGGUGUCAUUUGUAGAACACGAUCUGGAAUAGAAGUGCUUUUAAGAGGCUUCGCUAACAUUGAUACGAACUUUGACAGAAUAUUGAAAGACCUCGAAGAAUAUGGAGAACUCGAUGAAGUAGAUCGCUGUUUGAAAAUUUGGAGAGAUACGGGGCAUCGCCCUGACUUUUUAGUCGGAGACAAUAAUUCUGGCGCACCUCAAAGUCAUUGGUGGUGGUACUAACUCGAUAGUGGAAUAACUUUACUGUACAUAUAUUUAGAGAAUAAUAGGAGCUAUUUCUUUCAUUUACAAUGGAAAUUAGCGCACGUGAGUGGAAAAGCAAAGCUAGAGCUAACAUUACUAAAUAUGUACACAGAGGUGGAGAAUGUAAGGGAGACGAACCGCAGCUCAUUGGAGGUAGUGACUUUUUGAACACGAUAGGUAUCGCUAUGGGUCUGCCGACCAGCGACCCUGACAAGUGGACAAAGUAUGAAAGAGAAAAAGCGUCAAGAGGAGAACUCGUCUUUUACGAAGGGAAAUCUCGUGAAGCGAUCGAUGUCGUGGCAAAACAAAUAAGGUCCUACUGUGGAGGAGAUGACAAAAAUUUUAUUACCGUUCUCCCAAUUGAACUCUACUACGAAGGAAAACUAUACGAAUUACCACUCUUUAGAAUCAAACGCUACAAGAACUCAAAGAUCUUUUACAUUGAUAACGUCGGACGUUGUUACGGUAGUUAUGAUAACUGGUACAAUUUUAACAAAUUGCCACCCGGGGAAAUGGCCUAUCCUUCAAACCUACAACUGUCUUUGAACCCCAACACCAAAGAGGCGUACGUGGUGUUUUCCGACACACCGACCUCCAGACUAGACGCCAAGGCCGCUCGCGGUCUGGACACUGUGGCGGCGGUGGCCGGGCUCACGUCCUCCGCUGCGCUGCUGUUCGUGUCGGGUGGACUCGCCGCUCCUCUCGUGGCGACCUCGCUGGUCACCGCCGGGUGGGGCACCACGCGUGCGGGCUAUCAGAUAGCAGAGAGAGCUGCGCACGGGGAAAGCGUCAACCCCUUCACUAACUCAGAGUCACGGAUGUUAUGGCUGGGCGUGGCCGCCAGUCUCACCAGCUUCGGGGCAAUGGGAGCCUCUAUGAGACUGUCGUCUCUGGCGGCCCGCGGUCGAGAGAUAUCGAAUGCUUUCAAGUUGGUCACUGACAUCGCUAACGGGGCGAAUGUCGCCAUUAGCGGGUUAGCGAUUUUAAACACUUCGAUUUUCAUGUACCAACAUCGGGAUGAUUUAACGGCUGUAGAUGUUCUGAUGUACGGCGCCUCUGUAGCAUUUUGGUCGAAAGGGGUGUAUUCUUACAAAUCGGCAAAUACAAUAAUUAAAGAGUCUCAAAACUAUGCUUUCGCUCAUAUCAAUAAACAAUUGAACCAAGAUCAGGCUUCGGAAAUGAACCAAGUCCGUAGUAGAUUCGGAGAUGAUCCCGCCUUACUGAGAAAGUUUAUCGCGGCCAUGGAAAAGAAUAUUAGCGUUAGAGACUAUUCGCAAAUUUUAAUAGACGGGAUGAAAUAUGCCGAUAUAGUGUCCAGUCUCAAUGACGAUCAGAUCCAAGCGUUCGAUAGUUUCCGGAACCAUCUCCGGGACGAUAUUAAAUUAAUAAGCGGGAUAAGAAAAAUAUCUGAACAUUACAACAUAAAUCCAGGGGAAACCAUCGAAAACAUUAUCAAUCUGUGGCAGGGGUCCGGUGGUUCGUCUCAGAUAGUACCGAUAGCUUCCGACACGAUGCUCAAGGAUGGAAAUUUGAUAUUAGGAAGAGCUCCGCCUAUUAAAAUAACAGACCUGCCGCAACUCUCGCCUCCGAUGAUCCGCUUCCUCGGUGAUCUGAGCCAGAUCGACGUAGCCGGCAGCGCCCAGUGGUCGACGUCGGUGCCCAUCUUGCUGACUCUCCAGAAUCGCGGGUUGUUUAGGGUUUGUCCCGUCGUAAGAAUCGUUUCCGGCGGUAACGCUGUCGUGUCUCUCAACAACGUCCUGAACAUCAGUAUCCACAAGUUGUACUCCAUACCUAGUGAUGACUGCGAAACGAUGCUUCAUUUGAUUGCUAACAUGUCACCAACUGUUUCCAGUAACCAAAUCACCGAUGAAGUCAAAACCCUGUGUAUUGUGAAAUAUAGAUUACGGUUUGAAUGUCAGAGAAACGAAAGCGUCACUUCCAUCACUAAAAUUUUAGAGAGUCACAAAACGUUGCAUAAUUUGGUCAAAUUAAAUCUACAAAGCCACGAAAAAGAUAGAUUAUAUACAUUUGCAAGCGCGAUAUCUCUGAACAAAGUAGACCUUUACAUGGACGAGAUGUUGGCCUUCGUGAUUGAAAUGAAACCAAAAAGCGUCAGCGAACUGGUCGCCUACAGCGAGUUCGUCAUGAACACGAUACAAGCCCAAUGUGUCAUCAUUAAAAUGGAGAUAAGGAAUGGGAAAAUUGUACUUCCCAAAAAUACUAAAGUCUCUGUGUGGACUCGUCAAGAAGCGGCUAGACGAGUGUUCGGUGAACGCGCACGGCUCGUCCAGAAGUAUACGGAGACUUUGAAGAUGGUGAGGGAGAACGACAUGGUCGGUGAGACGCGGCUCGGCGAGGGCCUGAGCGACGACGACCUCAUACGAGCCCUCAGGAGGAAGGAAGUGAAGUUCGCCAGCGAGCCGAGCGCGGUGUAUCACAGCGAGAAACAUCCCACGGACCCGCCGCACGAGUACGUCAAGAAGGCCAACGAGACCAUCCGCAGCGGCAGCUGGCGGGUCACGCUCGCUCAGGACGGACAGGCGAGGCUGGUCUCCGUGGACGACGGACGCUGGACGGCCUUCCUCGUGGAGAGCGGGGGACGAGUCGUCCUCGCCACCUACAUGCACAACAAGUAGCCUCGCCCGCUGCGCAGAGUUAAUGAUAUAUUUCUUGGGCCGACCCGACUUCGUCCGAGCUCUUCCGAAUUUGAUUUGCCUUAUCCGAUAUUAAAAUACAUUUAUUUUUUCUAAUCUUGUAUCUUUUUAUACAUAUUCAGCAUUUACUUUUGUAAACUUUAUAAAUAAAAAUAACAAAACGACACAUUUUAUUGUAUUUAAUUACCUUUUAGAGUAAAAUGUUGUUUUGUUCAAUAUUUUUUUGUAAUACUAGUUCCCGUCCCAGCUUCGUCCGGGCUGUGAUAAGUUAUUUUUUUAUUCCAACUUCUAUUUUUGAUUUCUCUUACAUCGCACUACUUAUUAAUCUUAAGUGAAUGACAUAUCUUUUCUUUUCUUUUAACGAAUCUAAUUAAAUUUGCCAAGUUUGUCAAUAUAUUUCUUUUUUAGUA